AUGAGACAAUUGAUAUUCCGACCUACCAUAGGACUAAGAACUAUUAUUCCCAAGAGGAAUUUUAUUUGUUCCAGGAUACACAGGUCUAACCAAAUUAUUGAGAGUUUUCUUCAAGACUUGAGGGAAGAAGAAGAAGAAGAAGGAGAAAACAAGAAAAAGGGGGGAGGAGCUAAAGGAGGAGGAGGAGGUGGUGGUGGUGGAAAAAACGAUGGUAAAGAAAGCAAGUUUGUUCGAUUCAAAUCGUUCCUAAUGAAAUGUCUCGAGACUAUAGGAAUAACGGUCUCUUCGGUAGCGGUUGUUGGGUUUGCCGGGUUUCUCUACCACAGAAUCUAUAAUGAACAUGUACUUCGCAAAAUGAACGAGGCAUUUGAGAAAGGAGACCCCGCGGCACAAAUUGCCAUGCAUAAAAGGACAAACGAUUCGUACCUGUCUGUUUUUUGGGUGGAUCGGCCUCAACAAAAACUCAUCGAUGAGAUAAUUGCAGGUAAGAUUAUCGGGAGGUAUUUUUUGAUUAUUGGGGAAAAAGGCACGGGGAAAACAUCAUUGAUCAUGGAUGCUAUGAAAAAGAUUAAUGGAUUCAAUGUAGCUAUAUUCGACGCUCAUGCUGAUCCCGAGAUUUUCAGAAUAAGGCUAGGGAGAGCAUUGAACUUUACGUUUAAUGAAGAUUAUAUUGGAUCUUUGUUUUCGAUAAGAGGUCCUAGAGAUACAACGGCUUUAUUGGAUAUCGAGCGUGCAUUUAGCAAAUUGGAAGAAUUGGCUAUUAAUAGGAUUAGCAAAUUGCAUCGCCCCUUAAUUUUAAUAAUAAACAAUGCUCAUUUGAUCAAGGAAAAUGAAGAAGGGGUAAAGCUUCUUGAACUAUUGCAACAAAAAGCCGAGGCAUUGAGUGGAUCAGGAUUGUUGACUAUGAUUUUCAAUAGCGAUGAUUACUGGGUAUAUGAAAAAUUGAAACAACUUGGGACUAGACUUGAGUUGAUCAAUGUAAGGGAUUUCAAUAGAUACGAAACCAUCAACGCUUUAAAGUUUAUUAGACAUAGGUAUUUUCCCAAAGACCCAACUAUCAAGGAUGAUGUGUGUAAUGUUGUUUACGAUUUGAUUGGAGGCAGACCACAACACAUCACUCAAGUUGCGCGCCACAGUGAUAUUAUUAAAGCCUGCCAUGAGAUAAUAGACAGGGAAAAGACAUGGUACUUGAACCAAUGUGGGUUGUUGGGUAUGGAUAUGGAUGAUGAUGUUAUGGAAAGUGGAAAAUUCUCCGCUAGUGCAAUGUUAUUGAUGAGAGAAUUUGUGGAGAUGGAUCGGAAACAAAUGAACGCAAUAAUUACCGACGGUAAAGCAGUUGAUGGAGCAGAUCAUCAUUUACCGGAAUUGCCACUUUGGAGAGCACGUCAGGUAAUGACUAGAGCCGAUUAUAUUCAAAAGUACGAUAACCUUAAUAUUUUUACCAUAGAUUCCGAAUCUCGAGUGCGUGCUGAUUCUGUUCCUAUGAUGAGAGCGUUUCAUGAAAUUGCAUCACAGCCACAUUUUGAUCAAUUAUUGAGCGAUACAAUCGAUCGUAUUGGCGAUAUUGAAUCACUUGGAAGAACGCGAGAAAUUGUGUUGAAGGAUUUGAAUAUGGGCAGUGAGUAUCUCUGGGAGAAAAGUAAAAAUGAGAACAAGAUUAAGAUGCAGAUGAUCAAGUCAUCAAAAACUGCUGAUGUGCAUGGAGAUUUCAAGGAGUACAACAAGAAGGAGCCGGAAGACGAACAAUGCGAGGACGAGGACGAUUUAUAUUUGGAGGAAAUCAAUAGGAAGGAUUCAAGAAAAUGGUGGAAGAAAAGAUUGCAAAAGUAUCAUCAAUUGUAUUUGCCAGAGAAUUACAAGUAUGAAAAUGAGAAUAAUAUUGAUAUUAAUAGAGUUGAUGAAAAAUAA